UGAAUAUACAGAAAGGAAAUAAUUUAUUGAAUUUGCGACAGCUGUAUGCACAAGAUAGCGCGCGUGUUUGUUCUAUAAAAAAUACAGUGCUUUACUUUUUGUAGUGUUAUGUGAAAAGUGCCAGUUUUUCGUGCUGCUUUUUAAAGUAAAUAAUUUAAAGUAAUCAAGAAAGUGUAAACUAUAUAAAUGGAUAAACAUAUAUGUGCUUUAGAUACUUUACUAACAUUAGAGUCAAUAUUUUCAAAAAAUAUAUUAUUUAUUAUUCUAACCUUGAGCAGAGUUUCCUUUUCAUUGACCGGAAAAGUAUGAGAUCUAAUUGACUAAAAUACGUUUUGAUUGUUUUUGUAUAAAGAAUGAGGCAAAACUGAACUAAAGUUUGAAUUACAAAAAGAAAAACAACAGGAAAAGAGAAAGAUAUUAAAUAUGCACGUGACUUUGCACCUAUAAACUGACAUAAAAUAUCGACAUAUUCCAACACUCGUAUUUCGCUAUAAAUUUGAUUUCAUUUUUCCCAGAAGACAGGCAGCAUAUUCGACAUGACCUUUAUAUGUAUGUAUGAUAAUUUUCCAUAAAUUGAACGUAGUUAUGCAAAUUACUUUUCGCUAAUAUAAUUGACUCAUACAUACAUACAUGGUACAAUCAAGUUAUGAUGCCAGGAUAUUAAAUCAGUUCUGUUUGGACUUUCAAUAUCAGUCACGAUGACUUAAAGAAGUAAAUUUAUUUACAAUGAGUAAACUUCCCGAAGCAGACGACACAGUUAUUAGAAAGCGUCACGAGAGUUCCAUAUUAAACCAAGGAGCGGAUACACUAGGGCAGAAGACAAAAGUUGAAAAACAAGUUCCGAAUACUACCGGAAAGAGUGACGAGAAGAUUUCGGACAAUGAUAAUGGUAAAAAUCAACAAAAUUCAGAGAACCGUUCUGCAAAUGAAAGAAAUCAGGGUUCCAGUCUGUUUUAUAUUCCAAAACGAUUGAUAGUGACGUUUAUGUUAGGGCUGGGCCUGUUACUAGUGUACGCGAUGCGGACGAAUGUGGGGGUGAUGGUUGUUAUGAUUCUAGACGAGAGAGCGUAUGAAAAAGUUGGAACAAUUGAUGCCGUAAUAAAUAUUCCUCGGGUAAACUGGGACAGCCGGAUGGUUGGUUUUCUACACAGUAUUUUCUAUAUGGGAUUCCUGAUCUCUCAAAUUCCUGGCGCAUUCCUAACAACAAUAUUACCGACACAUAAGUUAUAUGGUGGCUGUAUAUUCACCUCGGCAUUAUUGAACAUUUUGCUACCUAUAUGUAUAGAUAAUGGGCAGUUUUCUCUCGUUUGUUGUGUAAGAUGUGUCCAGGGACUUGCAGAGGGUUUACUAUAUCCGGCAUGUUACGGUAUUCUCCGACAUUGGACGGCACCCAGUGAACGAAGUCGUCAAGUAUCUGCUGUCUUGUCAUGUGCAUAUGCUGGAGCAAUAGUUGGCUUUCCUCUCGCCGGAAUAAUAACACAUUAUCUAGGAUGGCAGUAUAUAUUUUAUACUUCCGGAACGGUGUGUAUAAUAUGGUACCUGUUUUGGUUGUUUCUGAUAUAUGAAAAGCCGUCCCAUCAUAAAUACAUCAGUGAAAAUGAGUUUGAAUUCAUGGAAAAAUCCCAGGGUGCUGACGUGAUUGAUUAUGAGAAUGUGCACGUGCCAUGGAAAAGUAUAAUAACUUCGUUACCAGUGAUUGCAAUAUGUGUGUGUCAUUUUCUAAGGUACUGGAUCUUUGUUCUAAUGUUAACAAACGAACCACUUUAUCUGAACGAGUUUGGAUUCACCAUAGCUGAGACAGGUCUGUAUGCAGCAUUUCCACAUAUUGCCAAGGUUGUUAUAUCGUUUGCUAGUGGUUAUAUCGCCGAUAGUCUUCUCAAUUAUAAAUGGUUGUCAACUGGUGCUGUUAGAAAACUCCUCACUGGGAUAGGUCUUGGAAUUCAAGCAGUUGGUUUUAUUGUUUUAACAUUUGUGCGCAGUGGUUCAGUGGUUAUCAUUGUUCUUACUAUAACUAUAGGAGCAUUUGGUCUUACAACAUCAGGAUGGUCGGUAAAUCACUAUGAUCUAUCAACACGUUAUGCCAGUAGUCUUGUUGCUGUGACGUCAGCAGUGGGAUCUCUAGGAGCUAUCAUUGUGCCCUUGGCAACAGGAGACCUUACUAUGCAACAGACGGUUGAAAGUUGGGACAGCGUGUUUUAUUUGACAUCAUCGUUGAUAGCCGCUACAGUUGUGUUUUAUCUAAUAUUUGGUUCAGGGGAGCAACAACAUUGGUCCAAUCCUCCAGCUAAUAUUUGUCUCAUCCAGAAAAUAGACCCGCUAGCUCGGAAACCUUACGGUACAUAUUCUGUACAGAAAAAUACUGCGGACAUUAAAACAGAAACCCUUGUGCCACGUGACAGCGCAAUUAAUAGGCCAUUUAACUUAUAUACCGUGCAGGGAAAUAUUGACAGUGAAGAUAAAAAUCUCGGUCUAGGUAGUGCCAUUUCAAACUCAAACAUUGAUAACACCAAAAAGAAAUCUGAAAAUGAAGAUAAUAAUGACCCAGAUCAACGCAACCAUGACGUCAUACCGGAUAUGGAUAAAACAACACCAUAGUUAUUUGA